UUCAGGAGACUCCUCCUGUCCCCAGUGUGGAAAACGAUCCAGAACAGGAGCUGGAGAUCGUGGUCUGCAGGAGGUUUUAGAUGAACAUAAGCUCAGUGUGAGGAGGAGAUGUGAACAUGUGACUGAAGGAAGUGAUGCAACAGGAAGUAGAACCCUCCUCAACAGGAUCUACACUGAGCUCUACAUCACAGAGGGACAGAGUGAAGAGGUUAAUACUCAACAUGAGGUGAGGCAGCUUGAGACGGCUUCCAAGAUGAAGAUCCUCCACGACACUCCCAUCAGGUGCCACGACAUCUUUAAAGCCUCCACUGACCAGCAGAGCAGCAUCAGAGUCGUCCUGACCUACGGCGUCGCUGGCGUUGGAAAAACCUUCUCGGUGCAGAAGUUCGCUCUGGACUGGGCAGAGGGUUUAGAGAACCAGGAUGUGGGUCUGCUGACUGUGCUUUCGUUCAGGGAGCUGAACCUGGUGAAGGACCAGCAGCACAGUCUCCUCACGCUGCUCCGUGUUUUCCAUCCAGCGUUACAGAAGCUCACGGCAGAGACGCUCGCUGUCUGUAAACCUUUGUUCAUCUUUGACGGCCUGGAUGAAAGCAGACCUUCUCUGGACUUCAACCACAGGGAGCUUGUGUCUGAGGUCACACAGAGGUCAUCAGUCAACGUGCUGCUGACAAACCUCAUCCGGGGGAAUCUGCUUCCCUCGGCUCUCGUCUGGAUAACCUCCAGACCUACGGCGUCCAAUCAGAUCCCUCCUGCAUGUGUGGACAGGGUCACAGAAGUACGAGGCUUCACUGACGCCCAGAAGGAGGAGUACUUCAGGAGGAGAUUCAGUGAUGAAGAGCUGUGCAGCAGAAUCAUCUCCCACAUCAAGACGUCCAGGAGCCUCCACAUCAUGUGUCAAAUCCCAGUCUUCUGCUGGAUCAGUGCUACAGUUCUGGAGCACAUGUUGACCACAGACCAGAGAGGAGAGCUGCCCAAGACCCUGACUGACCUGUACUCACACUUCCUGCUGGUUCAGACAAAGAGGAAGAACAGCAAGUACGGUGAGGGACAUGAGACGAGUCCACAGCAGCUGACGGAGGCUGACAGGGAUGUUCUCCUGAAGCUGGGGAGGCUGGCACUUAAACAUCUGGAGGAAGGAAACAUCAUGUUCUACCAAGAAGACCUCGAGCGCUGUGGUCUUAAUGUCACAGAGGCCUCGGUGUACUCAGGAGUUUGUACUGAGAUCUUCAGAAGAGAGUGUGUGAUCUUCCAGAAAUCAGUCUACUGCUUUGUUCAUCUGAGCGUUCAGGAGUUUCUGGCUGCAGUCUACAUGUUCCACUGUUACACCGAGAGGAACACAGAAGAACUCAAGAACUUCUUGGGAACAUAUGUGGACACAGACAGUACCUUCUCCCUGGAUGACCUCCUGAAGAGAACCAUGAAGAAAUCCCUCUCCAGUACAAAUGGUCAUCUGGACCUGUUUGUUCGCUUCCUUCACGGCCUCAGUCUGGAGUCCAACCAGAGAGUCUUAGGAGGCCUGCUGGGUCGGACAGAGAACAAUCCAGAGAUCAUCCAGAGAGUCAUCAACAACCUGAAGGAGAUGAAGAGUGAUGACAUUUCUCCUGACAGAAGCAUCAACAUCUUCCACUGUCUGACUGAGAUGAACGACCACUCAGUUCAUCAGCAGAUGAAACAGUUCCUGACGUCAGGGAACAGAUCAAAGGAGAAACUCUCUGAGAUCCACUGCUCAGCUCUGGCCUACAUGCUGCAGAUGUCAGAGGAGGUUCUGGAUGAGUUGGAUCUGAAGAAGUUCAAAACAUCAGUCCAGGGUCGACUGAGACUGAUCCCAGCUGUGAGGAACUGCAGGAAGGCUCUGUGAGUGUGUG